UAGUCACCGACCGAGAGGAUCGAUUGAGUUCCCCUGGAGAAACUCUCACUAACUUCUUCUCUGAUAUUUUCUCUGUUUCUCGGUCUCUCGAUCCGUCUGUCAAUCUCUCUCUGACCAAUGACUGUGAUUACUCCGCCGCCAGUUGAUCAAGAGGACGAGGAGAUGCUCGUGCCGCACUCGGAUUUGGUCGAAGGCCCUCUGCCCAUGGAAGUUGCCCAACCUGCUGAGCCUGCAAGUACUGUGGAGAACCAACCGGUGGAAGAUCCUCCCACUCUGAAAUUCACCUGGACUAUCUCAAAUUUUUCUAGGUUGAACACCAGGAAGCAUUACUCUGACAUGUUUAUUGUUGGGGGCUACAAAUGGCGGAUAUUAACUUUUCCGAAGGGAAACAAUGUCGACCAUCUGUCCAUGUACUUGGAUGUCGCUGAUUCUGCGUCUUUGCCGUAUGGAUGGAGCAGAUAUGCACAGUUCAGUCUGGCUGUAGUCAAUCAAAUCCAUAACAGAUAUUCCAUUAGAAAGGAGACGCAACAUCAAUUCAAUGCGAGAGAAAGUGAUUGGGGUUUUACAUCAUUCAUGCCUCUCAGUGAACUCUAUGAUCCUAGUAGAGGGUAUUUGGUGAAUGAUACUGUUGUUGUUGAAGCUGAAGUUGCUGUACGUAAAGUUCUUGAUUACUGGUCUUAUGACUCAAAAAAAGAGACCGGUUUUGUUGGACUUAAGAACCAAGGUGCAACUUGUUACAUGAAUUCUCUGCUACAGACCCUAUAUCAUAUGCCUUACUUCAGAAAGGCUGUCUACCACAUGCCAACGACUGAGAAUGAUGCGCCUACAGCAAGUAUUCCUUUGGCCCUCCAAAGUUUGUUUUACAAGCUUCAAUAUAAUGACACUAGUGUUGCAACGAAGGAGCUGACAAAGUCUUUUGGUUGGGAUACAUACGAUUCUUUCAUGCAACAUGAUGUCCAAGAACUCAACCGAGUUCUCUGUGAAAAGCUUGAGGAUAAAAUGAAGGGAACAGUUGUGGAGGGAACAAUACAACAGCUCUUUGAAGGCCAUCAUAUGAAUUACAUUGAAUGCAUAAAUGUAGAUUACAAAUCCACGAGAAAAGAGUCAUUCUAUGAUCUCCAGCUUGAUGUGAAAGGCUGCAAGGAUGUUUAUGCUUCUUUUGACAAAUAUGUCGAAGUUGAACGACUUGAAGGAGAAAACAAAUAUCAUGCAGAAGGACAUGGUUUGCAGGAUGCCAAGAAAGGCGUUCUAUUCAUGGACUUCCCACCAGUUCUUCAACUUCAACUGAAGAGGUUUGAAUAUGAUUUUACGCGGGACACCAUGGUGAAGAUAAAUGAUCGGUAUGCAUUUCCUCUGCAAUUGGAUCUUGAUAGAGAGAACCGAAAGUAUUUAUCUCCUGAAGCAGACAAGAACGUGUGCAAUCUUUACACACUUCAUAGUGUAUUAGUUCACAGCGGUGGAGUGCAUGGUGGGCACUAUUAUGCUUUUAUAAGGCCAACAUUGUCUGAUCAGUGGUAUAAAUUUGAUGAUGAACGAGUAACCAAGGAAGAUAUGAAAAGGGCAAUGGAAGAGCAAUAUGGUGGCGAGGAAGAGUUGCCCCAAACUAAUCCUGGUUUCAAUAACCCAUCUUUCAAAUUCACAAAAUACUCGAAUGCAUACAUGCUUGUGUAUAUUCGGGAAAGUGAUAAAGAUAAAAUAAUUUGCGGCGUUGAUGAGAAGGACAUUGCGGAACAUUUAAGGGUAAGACUAAAGAAAGAACAAGAAGAGAAGGAAGAUAAAAGAAGAUACAAGGCUCAGGCUCACCUUUUCACUAUUAUUAAGGUUGCAAGAGAUGAAGACAUUGCUGAACAAAUUGGGAAGGAUAUUUAUUUUGAUCUUGUUGAUCAUGACAAAGUUCGCAGUUUUCGAAUCCAGAAACAGACCCCCUUUCAACAAUUUAAGGAGGAGGUUGCCAAAGAAUUUGGUAUUCCAGUUCAAUUUCAGCGUUUCUGGAUCUGGGCAAAGCGGCAAAACCAUACCUACCGUCCUAAUCGUCCCCUAACACCUCAGGAGGAGUCACAGCCGGUUGGACAAAUAAGAGAGGCGUCGAACAAGGCAAACAAUGCAGAAUUAAAGUUGUUCUUGGAAGUAGUACAUGGACCGGAUUUACGUCCAGUCCCUCCUCCAGACAAAUCAAAAGAUGAGAUUCUUCUUUUCUUUAAGCUUUAUCAUCCUGAAAAGGCAGAAAUAAGAUAUGUUGGUCGACUCAUGGUGAAAACUUCCAGCAAGCCAUUGGAUAUUGUUGGAAAACUGAAUCAAAUGGCUGGCUUUGCUCCUGAUGAAGAAUUAGAACUUUUUGAGGAAAUAAAGUUUGAACCUUGUGUUAUGUGUGAACACGUGGAUAAGAAGACUUCAUUCAGAUUGUGCCAAAUUGAAGAUGGAGAUAUAAUUUGCUACCAGAAAGCUCCUACUGACAAGGAGAGUGAAUUCCAAUACCCAGAUGUGCCUUCAUUUUUUGAGUAUGUUCAAAAUCGACAGCUGGUUCGGUUUCGUGCUCUGGAAAAACCGAAGGAAGAUGAGUUUGUUCUGGAGUUGUCUAAGCUGCAGACUUACGAUGAUGUUGUGGAAAGUUACUCCCAGCAACCCAAGCCUCAGCCCAUUAAAUACCGUGGAGUAGAACAUUUAUCUGACAUGUUAGUACACUACAAUCAGACGUCUGACAUUUUGUAUUAUGAAGUUCUGGAUAUUCCUCUUCCAGAAUUGCAAGGUCUUAAGACUCUAAAAGUCGCUUUCCAUCAUGUGAUGAAGGAUGAAGUGGUUAUACACAAUAUCAGAUUACCUAAACAAAGCACUGUGGGGGAUGUUGUUAAUGAACUUAAAACAAAGGUUGAGCUUUCACAUCCAGAUGCAGAACUCAGGUUGCUUGAGGUGUUUUACCACAAAAUCUAUAAGAUCUUUCCACCUACUGAAAGAAUUGAGAAUAUCAAUGACCAAUACUGGACUUUACGAGCUGAGGAGAUUCCUGAGGAAGAGAAGGAUAUCGGUCCCAAUGACCGCUUAAUUCAUGUGUACCACUUUAAUAAAGAGUCGGGGCAAAAUCAGAUGCAACAAGUACAAAACUUUGGUGAACCCUUCUUUUUGGUAAUCCACGGAGGCGAAACGUUGGGAGAAAUCAAAGAGCGGAUCCAAAAGAAGCUGCUUGUUCCUGACGAGGACUUUGCUAAGUGGAAAUUUGCAUUUAUGUCAAUGGGACGGCCGGAGUACUUGGAGGAUACAGAUGUUGUUUACAAUCGAUUUCAGAGAAGAGAUGUAUAUGGCGCUUGGGAACAAUACCUCGGGUUGGAACACUCUGAUAAUGCUCCAAAGAGGGCUUAUGCCGUAAACCAGAUCCGACACACGUAUGAGAAGCCAGUGAAAAUAUAUAACUAGAAAAGAGUUUGAACCCCCCGAGAAAUCUUGAGACGUGGGUAGGCGGAAGGCAUUUGCUGCGGAAUUAUGAUGGCAGUAGAAGGCUGUAUUAGCUCAUUGGUUUCACUUUGAUGGUGUUAAUAUGAUGUGUGUGUGUUGAGUUUGGAAAGCAUCAAGCAUGUCCUCAUUCAGUUACAAGGAGGGCUGUUGGCUUUUCGGGGUUUGUAGGCACAGACAGACACUGUAUAAUUUAUAGGAUGAGAAGUUAAGAAGAUUUUGACUUGUGGGGAUCUCUGUAUUUUCCUUCUUGGUAGAGUUUUAAAAAAAAAAGAGUUUCAAUAUUUGUUCUUUGAAGCUCUUGGGUCA